CGGGCCGCGGGCCGGAUGAGACGGGUGACGCCGGGUGACAGCGGGCGGGGCGGCGGGCGGCGCCGCGUGCACGCCCUCUGCUCGGCCGGGCCGCGAGGGUCCUCGGACUCGGUGCGCGCCGGGCCGGGCGGGCUGAGGCGCGCGGGUCGGACGCGGCGCCAUGCAGGGUCCACUCGCUUGGCCGCUGCGGCUGCUCGGGUGGCGAAGCCCGGCCGCCGACACGUGGACCCUGGGCGCCGGCGUCCCGGGGCCCCGACCUCCGCUGACGGGCCUGUGGCCGGCGCGGCCUUGGGGCGCGGGGCCGGGGCUCCUCCGGGGCGCCGGCGCCGCGCGAGACCCGCGUCGCUGGACUAGCGGCUGCCCGGGCGGGGGUCCCCGCGGCCGCAGCGGGGGAGCAGGCCUGGCGCGGCUUCUGGGGCUGUGGGCGCGGUCCCCCGGCGCCAGCAGGUGCGGGGCCCUUGUGGGGCCGGACGUUCCCCGGCUCCGGCGCGCUGGGCUCCGGGGCGGACCGGCAGUCGCAGCCCGGGGCGGGGGCGAGGCCUGGCAGCGCGGGUCGGCGUUGCCUGCGGCCGCGGCGACUCCCGGAGACAACUCGCGGCUACACCCUGCCGCGGCCAGGCGCUCGGAGGCCCAGAAGCUCUUGGGGCUGGCGUACCCGGAGCGCGGGAGGCUGGCAGCCGCAGUUGGGUUUCUGGCCAUGUCCAGUGUCAUCACCAUGUCCGCUCCCUUCUUCCUGGGGAAGAUCAUCGAUGUCAUUUACACAAACCCCACUGUGGACUCCAGUCAUAACCUGACCCACCUCUGCCUGGUGCUCAGCGGCGUGUUCCUGUGUGGUGCUGCUGCCAAUGCUGUUCGUGUCUACCUCAUGCAGACUUCAGGUCAGCGCAUUGUGAAUAGGUUGAGAACCUCCUUAUUCUCCUCUGUUCUGCGGCAAGAGGUUGCUUUCUUUGACAAGACUCGCACCGGAGAAUUGAUUAACCGCCUUUCCUCAGACACCAUGCUCCUCGGGCGUUCGGUGACCGAAAACCUCUCAGAUGGGCUCAGAGCGGGGGCCCAGGCUUCUGUUGGCAUUGGCAUGAUGUUUUUUGUCUCACCUGGUCUGGCCACUUUUGUUUUGAGUGUGGUGCCUCCAAUAUCCAUCCUUGCUGUGAUUUACGGACGUUAUCUACGGAAACUAACCAAACUUACGCAGGAUUCCCUGGCACAAGCCACUCAGCUAGCUGAGGAACGUAUUGGAAAUAUAAGAACUGUUCGAGCUUUUGGGAAAGAAAUGAUUGAAAUAGAGAAAUACGCCAGCAAAAUGGACCACGUGAUGCAGUUAGCAAGGAAAGAAGCAUUUGCUCGGGCUUUCUUCUUUGGAGCAACAGGGCUCUCCGGGAACCUGAUCGUGCUUUCUGUCCUCUACAAAGGAGGGCUGCUGAUGGGCAGUGCCCAGAUGACCGUGGGUGAACUUUCAUCCUUCCUACUGUAUGCUUUCUGGGUUGGAGUGAGCAUUGGAGGUCUGAGCUCUUUCUACUCGGAGCUGAUGAAAGGGCUGGGUGCCGGGGGACGCCUCUGGGAGCUUCUUGAGAGAGAGCCUGAGCUGCCUUUUAAUGAAGGGGUCGUUCUAAACCAGGAGAGCUUCCAGGGCACUUUGGAAUUUAGGAAUGUGCACUUCAGCUAUCCAGCUCGCCCGGAGGUGCCCAUAUUCCAGGAUUUCAGCCUCUCUAUCCCAUCAGCAUCGGUCACGGCACUAGUUGGCCCAAGUGGUUCUGGCAAAUCAACAGUGGUGUCCCUUCUGCUGAGGUUGUAUGACCCCGUUUCUGGAACUAUCAGUCUCGAUGGCCAUGAUAUCCGUCAGCUAAAUCCAGUCUGGCUGAGGUCCAAGAUUGGGACAGUGAGUCAGGAACCAAUUUUGUUUUCUUGCUCUAUUGGGGAGAACAUUGCUUACGGUGCAGAUGACCCCUCCUCAGUGACAGCCGAGCAGAUAGAGAGAGUGGCUGAUGUAGCUAACGCGGGUGCUUUCAUCCGAGACUUCCCCCAGGGAUUCAACACUGUGGUUGGAGAAAAGGGAGUUCUCCUUUCAGGUGGGCAGAAACAACGGAUUGCGAUUGCCCGUGCUCUGCUUAAGAAUCCCAAAAUUCUUCUCCUCGAUGAAGCAACCAGUGCCCUGGAUGCUGAAAACGAGCACCUGGUGCAAGAAGCUCUUGACCGGCUCAUGGCGGGAAGAACAGUGUUAAUCAUUGCUCACCGUCUGUCCACCAUUAAGAAUGCCAACACGGUGGCUGUUCUUGACCAAGGAAAGAUUACAGAAUGCGGGAAGCAUGAGGAACUGCUUGCAAAACCAGAUGGGAUAUACCGGAAAUUAAUGAACAAACAGAGGCUUGUUCCAGCAUAAAGGAGCAACGAUCGAUAACGUGAACAUGAGAGACUUUAGAGCAAAACAUCGUUGCAGGAAAAAAACUUAGGAAUGGUAUCUGAUCUGUAAAUCAUACUUCAGGUUAUUUAAAAUACGCCUAUUUUUUCCAAGGUGGGGAAAAUAUUGUUUUGAGAUGUACCUGUUCUCAAUACCUUUUUAUUCAGAGUUUUAAUAAUUGUGACUUUCUAAAUGUCUAUAGCACUGAGAUUAUCUUCAGGUUUUUUACUUUCUUUUAUCCUGGAAUACUUUAAUUAAUAUAACAUGGCACCUCAUUUUAUUUUUUUUUUACCGGCUCUUACAGAUUGAAGCUAUUCUCAAAUGACAACUUUUAAAAGGGAGUUGUAAGUAAAAAGCUUAAAUUGUUUUAUGUGAUUUGCCAAUCACUCUGUAAUCCUCUUGGUAGUAUUCUACCUGCAUUGUGUCUGAUUUUACUAGAAGAUGAAAUCUUCCCUUUUUUAAAUUCUGAUAAUCUCUUGAAGGGAACCUGAAAUACAGACAUACAGGAAUAGUUAGUGUCACGUGGUGAGAAGGGAACAUUUACGUUCCCUAUCUCCUGUAUCUUCAGCUAUAUGAGA